AUGGCGUACAAACACCCACCCAAAGAACCCAUAGCUAUCAUCGGUAGCGGAUGUCGAUUCCCAGGGGAUUCGACGUCGCCAUCAAAGCUGUGGGAAUUGCUGCGCUCGCCGCGAGACUUGACUAAGACGGUACCAUCGGAAUCGCGUUUCAAUGCUGAUGGCUUCUACCACCCAAAUGGCGAACGCCACGGAGCCAUCAAUGUCACCAAGUCAUAUUUUAUUGAAGAGGACCCACGACUCUUCGACUGUGGAUUUUUCAGUAUCGCCCCUCGAGAGGCUGAGGCCAUCGACCCGCAGCAGCGGCUUUUGCUUGAGGUCGUCUACGAGGCUAUGGAAAAUGCGGGACUCACGCUACAGGGGCUCAAAGGAAGCCAGACAUCCGCCUAUGUAGGCGCUAUGUCGGCUGACUAUACGGACACCCAAACGCGUGAUGUUGAGAAUAUGUCUCAGUACAUGAUAACAGGGACCUCGCGCGCACUGCUCUCUAAUCGGCUGUCGUACUUCUUCGAUUGGCAUGGCCCCUCUAUAUCCGUCGACACGGCAUGCUCUUCAAGCUUAGCGGCCGUCCAUCUUGGUGUUCAAAGUUUACGGAACGGCGAGUGCACAACUUCGUGCGUGGCGGGAUCGAACUUGAUCUUGGGGCCUGAUGCCUAUCUUGCGGCUACAAGUCUUCAUCUGCUAUCCCCUUCAGGCUGGUCUCAGAUGUGGGACCAGGCCGCAGAUGGGUACGCGCGAGGCGAAGGCAUUUGUGCAAUCUUCAUGAAGACGCUAUCUCAAGCUCUUAGAGAUGGUGAUCGAAUAGACGCACUCAUCCGAGAAACGUGCAUCAACUCGGAUGGUCGUACAGUAGGUAUCGCCUUGCCUAGUGCCGAGGCGCAGGCAGCCUUGAUCAGCACGGCUUACAAAAAUGCGGGACUGGAUAUUCUGAGAGCUGAGGAUCGACCUCAGUACAUUGAAGCACAUGGUACUGGCACACAGGCUGGAGAUCCCCGAGAGGCAUCUGCCCUAAGCCAAACAUUCUUUCCGCCUGGCCAUGAGUUUGACCGUACACCCUCUAUGCCUGUAGGGUCAAUCAAGACAAUAAUCGGUCACACUGAAGGAACCAUGCGACACGGGACCAUUCCGCCAAAUCAACAUCUUCACCAUCUCAACCCCAGCGUGAAGCCUUUUUAUGACAAGCUUCAAAUAAGUACGAGUCCACAAGAAUGGCCUUCAGUUCCUCCAAAUCAUCCGCUUCGGGCGAGUAUCAAUGGAUUUGGCUCCGGUGGCACCAACUGCCAUGCAAUUAUGGAAAGCUACGUUCCCGAGAUACAUGACACUGGACCAUGGGGAAUGCCGGAAGCACUGUCGGUGGCUCGAGCUGCCGUCUUGCCAAUUGCUGAUUUUGUCCCGACCCCCCUUAUCUUUUCAGCUAGCUCGGCAUCGGCACUGGUUGCAAUGCUGGAGAGAUAUGCAAGCUAUCUGGAGGACACCGAUGUUCCGAUUCAACGCCUGGCAAAGACUCUGAAUUCUCAUCGUUCAACCCUUCCUGUUAGAAUAGCUUUCGCCGAGACGUCGAAACAAGACAUACUCGAGGCAAUCACCAAACAGCUCUCUAAAGUCCGCGGGAGCCCUGGCACAGAAAUCGGCACUCGGUCCCCUGCUAUAGAGUUCGACCAGAACAGGCGUCCUCGAAUUCUAGGCGUCUUCACGGGACAGGGUGCACAAUGGCCAGGCAUGGGCCAAAAUCUGAUGAAAAAGUGUGCUUUGUUUAGAGAAACCAUCGAGGCCAUGGAGCAAUCACUGGCCCAGCUUCCCGAUCCGCCGGCAUGGUCUCUGACAGAAGAGUUGAUGGCGCCGCCUGCACAGUCGCGCAUGAGUGACGCCGAACUAUCCCUGCCACUUUGCGCAGCCGUUCAAGUAGGGCUUGUGCGUUUACUCUCUCGGGCAGGUAUCACGUUUCACACCGUGGUCGGUCAUUCAGGCGGUGAAAUCGGCGCUGCGUUUGCUGUAGGCAAAAUCUCUGCUACGGACGCAGUGAGAAUUGCGUACUACCGUGGUAUAGUCUGCGAGCUUGCCGUUGGUCCCGACGGGAGGAGAGGUGGCAUGAUUGCAGUUGGGUUUGGAUAUGAAGAGGGAAUCAACUUCUGCUCUACGGCCAAGAUGCAAGACCGUCUCACAGUAGCUGCCAGCAACUCACCCAAGAGCGUGACGCUUGCCGGCGACAAAGACGCUGUCAUGGAGGCCAAGAAAAUACUGGACGCCGAGGGUUUAUUCAAUCGUGUGCUACAAGUUGACACGGGUUACCAUUCGUCUCACAUGUUGCCUUGUGCGGAACCUUAUACUGCCCAGCUCGAAAGUUGUGACAUUCGAGCUGGCCCAGGCAGCGAGACCACUGCCUGGGUAUCGAGUGUAUAUGAUGACAGCAGGACAAUGACUUCUGAUCAUGACACUGAUUUGCAGGCAGCAUACUGGACAGACAACCUGAUCGGAAGAGUGCUCUUUUCACAAGCACUGGAGCGUGCUUUGGAUGAUGGCAGAGGAGCCCUCGAUCUGAUCCUGGAAGUCGGGCCACACCCAGCCUUGAGAGGGCCGACACUUGAGACAAUGAGACGCCAACUUGGCUACGAAGUCCCUUACUCGGGUGUGUUAGACCGAAAGGCGGACGACAUUACGGCAUUUAGUAAUGCUCUUGGUCUUGUUUGGACACACCUGGGACCUAGCUGUGUCGAUUUCAGCGGCUAUUCAUCAGCCUUCGAAGAAAGCAACGGUUACAUAGACAACACUCCUUUGCCGGAUCUACCGACUUAUCCGUGGGACCACAAGCAGAUCUUGUACCGGGAAUCCAGACUCAACAAGAAGGUCAGAUCCAGAGUCGACCGACCUCAUGAGCUGCUUGGCAACAGAACUCCGGAUGAUACAGAUUAUGAGCCAAGGUGGCGAAACUUCUUCAAACUAGACGAGAUGCCUUGGUUGCGAGAUCAUCGUAUACAGAAUCAGAUCAUCGUCCCUGCAGCUACAUAUUGUGUCAUGGCCUUGGAGGCUGCUAAGGUCAUCGGCAGAGGAAAGCCCGUGGAGAGCAUAGAGCUUUUGAACAUCUCCAUCCUACGACCAAUUGUCUUGGACGAAUCCUCGGGAGGCACUGAGACGUUGCUAUCUCUACGCAGUGAUCUCGAUUCCAGUAAGGGCAAAAGAAACAUGAUUCGGGCAGAGUUCAGCCUCAGUGCGGGUACAGUGGAGGAUGGACAUCUGAGGACUGCUGCCACAGGAGAUAUACGUAUCUCCCUUGCAAGCAAUGAAUUCGACUCCUCUCUCUCAUUUCCUUCGAGAGCGUCUAGUCCUCAGUCUGAGCUCGUGCCGGUCAACAUCAAUCAGUUCUAUGAGGCACUAGGCGAGAUUGGUCUCGGUUAUAGCGGAUCGUUUAGGGCUAUAACUUCUGCGGAGAGACGGAUGGACACGGCAUCCGCCGUCGUCGCGAUUGAUGAAGAAGUGGGCAAGUCAAUCCCAGUUCACCCGACCUGGCUCGAUGCCUGUUUUCAGACAUUUCUCGCUGCAUUUGCCGCUCCUCGAGAUGGCUCGCUAUGGACAGCGUUUAUGCCCACAACGAUUGGCCGCAUAACGUGCGCUCCGACAUCGAGCAUUACUCCUGGGGUCAACUCGGUGACGGUCAACGCACAACUCACCGAGUUUACACCUGGGUUCCAAGCCACUUUGCCGGCAAUGACAGGCGAUAUGAACAUCUACAAUUCCAGUACCGGUCAGUUAGAAAUACGAAUCGAAGAUUUUACAAUGAGCACUUUCCUUCCCGCCUCUGAAAAGGACGACAAAUUGCUAUACAUGAAGAUGGUGUGGCAACAGGACAUCCUUUCUGGGGCAGAUUUUGAGACAGAGCAGCGCUUUGCCUCUCCAUAUGAGCUGAGUGUUGUUGAUGCCUGUGAACAGGCAGUUCAUUACUACCUGUCGAGACUUCGAGCGGACAAGUCCUUCCAUGAAAUAGCCAAGCAGAUCCCAGGCUUAUUUGGUUUGGUUGAAACUGCGGCGGAUCGUGGUGCAAGGGCACCAACCACAUCCGAAAUGAUAGCUAUCUUGAAGGAGUUCGGAGAGCACAUAGACAUGGUGCUAGUCAACAUGAUCGGACAGAAACUCUUGAACGGCUCACAGGAGUUAGCCCCGGCUGGAGCUCAAGCACCAGCAUCGUUGGGUGAGCUUAUGAAUCGGUGGCACAACCAAGGACUAGGUUUUGCACAGGUUCACAUGCAUAUGGUUAGCGCAACCAGACAAAUCUCACAUCGCUACUCAAAUUUGAGGAUUCUCCAAGUCGGCCCAUCCUCAGCCAGCCUUGUACGAUCUGUGUGUCAGGAACUUGAACAUGCCUUGAACUCUUACACUAUUGUGGAUGGAUCGGCGGAGGCGAUCGAAGAGAUGCAGGGGCAUCUCAAUUCAGAUCAUUUGAGACUCAAGUUUCAUGUUCUCGACAUUGAAAAGGGCAUAGGAGAGUUGGAAGAUGCCGUCGCUGUUGAACCUUUCGAUGUGGUUAUCGUUCAUAAGGCUAUCAGGAAGCAGAAAGCCACGUUGAAGACGAUUCGAAGUCUACUGAAGCCAGGAGGCUUUCUGGUCAUGAUGGCCGGAACUGGAAAUCACCUGCGCUUUCCAUUCUACUUGCUAGCAGCUCCGCCCUCAGUGAACGAAGAGGACGCAUCGGUGCAGCCGAAAUUGACAAAUGCGAACCGCGAGGAAACACACACUAUCCUUCAGAAUGCUGGAUUCUCUGGCGUUGAUUCCAUAGCAUUUGACAACUUCCCAGAGAAACAUACAUAUUCUGUCGUCGUAUCACAGGCACUGGAUGGACGAGUUAGCUUUUUUAGAGCUCCGUUUUCUUCGACGUCAGGCAUUCAUACAAGCGGAAAACUUCUUGUUCUGGGUGGUUCCUCGCUUAGGGUCGCCAAUUUCAUCCACCUCGUACAGUGUAAACUAAGCCGAGUGUGGAACGGAGUGGUCAUAACUGUUGAAUCCCUAGCUGACGUGGGGAGUCAAAGAAUUGAUGAUGUUGAAGCUGUUUUGAGUCUGACUGACCUAGAUCGCCCGGUGCUUGAGCAUCUGAAUGCUCCUGCUUUCAAAAGCCUGCAACAUCUGUUGGAGGGGACCAAAACGAUUCUCUGGGUUACUCAAGGUGCAAGAUCUCAAAGCCCAUAUCAGAGUGGUACCAUCGGACUGGGGAGGACGUUCCAGUCCGAGAACCCACAUAAGCUUCUACAGUUCCUCGAUCUGGAUACGUUGGAUGGUAGCGAGUCACUCAUUACAGAGAGCUUUCUUCGGCUUAUUGUAUGCGCCGCUACGAGAGACGAAAGCUCGAAAAAUUCGCAUCUGUGGAGCAUUGAGCCGGAACUGGCGGUCGAGAACGGUAGACUUCUCAUUCCAAGACUCUUCCUCGACAAGGAGCGCAAUGAUCGUCUCAACUCCCUUAGGCGAAAAGUCGAGAUCCAAGCUCUCGCUGGGAAACAGCCCGUCUCUCUCGUUCGUUCUCAGCGCAAUACUGGUGAAAUUGUGUACACGGCUGAGGAGGCACUUCAACACUGCUCAGACCUCGCCGAGAUUGCUGCGGGCUCUGAGCAGAUCACGUUGAGAGUGGAAUUUUGUUCCUUUGAUCCUGUCAUACCCAAUUACCAAGAAAAGCAACUGUUCUGCUGCAUUGGAUACGCAGAAGAAGGGACACGAUUCUUGGCGCUGUCAGCUUCCAACUCGUCUUUUAUCACAGUACCACGCAUGUGGACUAUUCGACUUGAUGACGGACAGGGCAAGAACACCAUGACUCUCCCUGAGUUCAUCUGCCUGCUAAGCGAGGUCAAGGCACGAGUCAUCGAGAAAGCUAUGCCCGCUGGAUACACCACUCUGCUUUAUGAGAUUGACGAGCAUAUAUCUGCUUCCCUCGAAAGACUUGGGAAUAAGUUGAAUAGGAAAUUUUCAUUCAUUAACUGCCAGGCAGAGCCAAGCUGUGCUGGUCUUCACAUAAAUCACAUCGAGAUUGGGCGUCAUACCUCAAGUAAGGAGAUGAAGUCAGUGAUUCCUCCUAGGACGAGGUUACUCAUUCACCUGGGACAUAAGAGUGAUGCAAGCAGACUUUCAGCUAUCCAACAAGUUCUUCCGGCCAACGCUGUUGUUGCUUCUUUCGACAAUCUCGACGCUGAUGAUCUAGUACCACAAGAGAUACUCUCAGCAGCCUCGGCUUAUGUGAAGCAGAUUGGACCAACUAUUAAGAAGACAUUCGAUAGUACCAGCGUGGUGAAGGCCUCGGCGUUAGUCAGGGAAGGGGCCAAAAGACAUGCAAAUGUUGUUGUUGACUGGACAGGGGCUCAGAACAUCACACUGACUCGAAGACCCGCGGAUCCACGCCACUUAUUUUCACCGAAUAAGACGUAUCUGCUUGUAGGGCUGAGUGGGCAGAUUGGUCAAUCCAUAUGCCGCUGGAUGGUCGGAAACGGUGCGCGUCAUGUUGUGGUUACGAGCCGGAAUCCUAACAAGCGAGCAUCAUGGAAGGAUGAGCUAGAGAGACAGGGCGCCAACAUUUCGAUUGAGGCAGCAGAUGUCACUAAGAUGCAAGACAUUGUGGGCCUCCGCCGUCGUAUUCUCAGCACUAUGCCGCCCAUUGGUGGCGUGGCUAACGGCGCGAUGGCGAUGGGAAACAGUUUCUUUGUUGAAAUGAAUUUUGAAACUUUUCAGAAAGUACUAAAGCCAAAGGUUGACGGCUCAUUGAUCUUGGACAUGGUUUUCUCUGCUGACGACCUCGACUUCUUCAUCCUGUUCUCGUCAAUUUCUGCAGUCACUGGCCAGCGCGGCCAAGCCAACUAUGCAGCAGCUAAUAAUUUCAUGGUCGGUUUGGCUUCGCAGAGACGAGCCCGCAAUCUUGCUGCAUCAGUAAUCGACAUUGGAAUGAUCAUCGGUAUCGGUUACAUCCAAAGAACGGAUGUUGGCGAGGGUUUUGGGGCCAUGGAGACGAUUUUGAGAAAGUUGGAUUACAUGCCCGUGUCCGAGCGGGACCUUCAUCAACUCCUAACCGAGGCAAUACUCGUCGGCAGAAGUGAUGAGUCUCCAGAAAUCAUCACGGGACUGGAGACAAACAAGAACACCUCAGGCCAUAGCCCGUUCUGGCAUAAGAGCCCGCUCUUUACACAUGUCACAAAAUAUUUUGGUUCUCCGCGAGCAGGCCAUGGUUCUUCAAACAGUGUUCAGAAGACUCUCAAGCAAAAGCUCACAGAUAGUCGUGGACCGGAUGGUGCCCUUCAAAUCAUGGAAGAGGCUCUCUUGACGUACCUGGCGUCUUCACUCAAGUUGCCUGUCGAGAGUAUACAUACAAAUGUUCCGGUAAUCGACCUCGGCAUCGACUCCUUGAUUGCCGUUGAGAUUCGAAAUUGGAUAUUUGCUGAGACGUCAUAUGAUGUUCCGGUAUUGAAGAUUCUUGGAGUGUCGUCUAUCAAGCAAAUAUGCGCUGAGGUGGUUUCAUCUGUUUCCUUCCAAGGAAGACAGCCUGAAGCCAUCAAAGCUCAAGAUUCGUCGCCUCCCAAACGUCGCGACUGGAACGAAUUAUCCACUGAUAAAUAUUCCAGUGGAUCAUUACCUAAAAAUAGGCUGUCUAAUCAUGCUUUGAUCUCGACAGGACCUACGAAACCAUUACCUCAGUCAGAUCUGGUUCGAGAUGAUCAAUUAACCUCGCAAACGACUCGGACCAAACUACUUGUGGACGCAAAUUCCAACGGAUUACGACCUGAAAAUGCACCAAAAGAUGGUACUUCGAGCACGAAUAAGUCUCCAGGACCACUGUCUCAGUCAGGUGUGAAUGGAAAUGGCCAUCUUACGUCGCCAACUACCCCUAUCAUGACGCUAGGCGUUGGGAAUAGAAAGUCCUCUCCAGCAAUCCCCCUUCGCGCAGAGUCAUUGUCAUUAGGUCAGGCACGACUAUACCUGUCUCAGUAUUUGGAUGAUGCCACUGUUUUGAACUGCACUGCAUGUUAUGAGCUAUCAGGCAAGCUCGAUAUGCCCAGGCUGGAAAAGGCGCUCGAGGCCGUGACUCAGACUCAUGAAACCCUCCGCAGCAUCUUCUUUACCGACGAAAAAGAUGGACAACCCAAGCAUGGCAUAAUUGAGAAAUCCCCUUUCAAGCUGAGGUCGAUACCUGGAAUGAGUGGUACGACACAUGUCCAGGAGGUGUUCGCUCGGACUCACGAAUAUCGCUAUGAUCUAACGACGGGAGAUACCUUCAUUGCUACGGUUUUAUCGCACGGUCAUGAUUCCCAUACCAUCAUCUUUGGAUACCACCAUAUCAUCAUGGACGGCGUCAGCUGGCAGAUAUUCCAAGAAGAUCUGGCCAAGUUCUACAACGAUCCAAGUUCAGUGUCAUCUCUCAAGUCACUGCCAAAUACGUACAUUGACUUCACUCGGAAACAGCAACGGGACAUGACCUAUGGAGCAUAUUCCCAGAGACUCAAGUUCUUCCAAAACGAGUUCCGCGAGCCAGUUGAUCCACUGCCGCUCUUCCCAUUUGCGAAAGUCAGUACCCGUAAGUCUUUGACGCGCUACGCGGCUCGAGACGUCGUUACGCACGUGAGUGCCGAGCUGGUGAGCGCACUGAAGAAGGCGAGUCAGGCUUCGCGAACCACUUCGUUUCACUUUUUCCUUGCGACUUUCCAAGUCCUACUACACCGCCUGCUGGAUACCCAACACCUGUGUAUUGGCAUGGUCGAUGCAAAUCGUUCCGACCAGAGCUUCAGCAACACCAUAGGAUUCUUCUUGGAGAUCCUACCCGUACUCUUCCGCAUAGAUGGCGAGCAGAAGUUCAGCGAUGUGCUUCAGACCACCCGAAACAAGGCGUAUGCGACUUUGGCACAAUCUGGGGUCCCAACCGUGGAAAUUCUACGAGCAUGUGACAUCUCGACCUCAACGACUGAGACGCCGCUUUUCCAGGUGGUUUUCAACUACCGCAUGGGAGCAAGUCGAACAUCUCCGAUGCAGGGAGUGGAUGUGAAGUUCUUGGAAUACGCUGACGCGAAAACCCCUUUUGAUCUUGUCAUCUCCGUCGAUGAGCUGGACAACGGCGCAGCGAUGCUUACUUUUUCUCUCCAGGACUACCUAUAUGACCAGGAAGGUUCAGAGUUGCUCGCCAACACGUAUGUUCACUUGCUCGAAGCGUUGUCCAAAAACACCACUCGGUCAGUUGGUAGCAUCUCCAUAUUUGACGCCACUUUGGCGCAGCAAGCGGUGGCUCUCGGUACAGGACCCAAGAUGGAGCUUGCACCCCCUUCGGUUGAUACUCUCUCGAAGAUUAUGAAUACGUGGAUAAAUCGAGAUCCCGGAGCUCUUGCCGUCAAAGAUCUUAGGGGAAAUACCAAAACAUACUUGCAGCUGUCAGAAAGGGCUAGCGCUAUUUGCGCGGCGCUGUUGAGUGCCGGGGCAGCUUCCUCAUCACGCAUUUACGUCCUGCUUGACCCUGGCAUAGACACUAUUGCUACUAUCCUCGCCAUUCUUCGCAUUUGCACAGUAUAUGUACCUCUUGAUAUCCGCAGCACGGAUGAGAGACUAAGAGAUAUCCUGGAAGAAUCUGGUUCGACAUUACUACUCUACCACGGGGCGACCGCAGAACGAGCUGAAAAGCUUCACAGACUUUCUGAAAUCACUCAACAGAUCAAGCUCGUUACUCUCGAUACAGUGCCUCCAGCGGCACAAGAAGUCGAAGAUAUUUCAGCCUCAGACGGUCUCGCGAUGUUAUUGUAUACUAGCGGCUCGACUGGCAAGCCAAAGGGAAUUCCUCUCACCAACGCCAACAUCAGGACUACCAUUCUCGGUGCCUCCGAGAGACUUCAGCUAAGCCGAGAAGUCGUGCUGCAACAGAGUGGGCAAGGGUUUGACGCCGCGAUCUUUCAGAUCUUCAUCGCGCUUGUCAACGGCGGUACGUUGAUCAUGGGCGACAACCGCAACCACCCGGCAGAACUGGCUGCUCUGAUGGAACGAGAGGGCAUCACUUGCAGCGUGUUCAUUGUCUCGGAGAUGCAGUCAAUAUUGAGGUAUGGGUUCCAGGAACUUCUGAGGUGCUCGUCGUGGCGCAUUGCCAUGGUCGCUGGCGAGACGUUCACGAAAAAUCUCCUAGACCAGUUCCGCAGUCUCAACCUGCAUGAUCUGAGGAUUGUCAACGCGUACGGCCCCACUGAAGCAUCAAUAUGCUCCUCCAUGCAUGUAGUAUCGUUGAGCGAUGCCAACACAGACGAUUUCAGCGUUCCGAUAGGAAAGCCUCUGGCCAAUUACGGGACUUACAUCGUGGACCAUGAGUGCACUCCUGUUCCCAUUGGAUGGCCGGGCGAAAUCGCAAUCACUGGAUCAGGGGUCGCGACUGAGUAUUUCAACCUGCCUCAGCUUACCGAGAGCAAGUUCAAGCAUCCUACUUCUCUCGACGAAGCCUUGGGGCUGGACAGGCUUUACCUCACCGGCGACAAAGGUCGAAUGCUCUCCGAUGGCUCCAUUGUCAUGUGCGGACGCAUGGAUGGAGACGACCAGGUCAAAAUCAGAGGUAUGCGUGUCCAGCUGGAUGACAUCUCCCGAGCCCUCGUCCAAGCAUCACGAGGCAGCCUCGUGGAUGCAGCCGUCCUCCUCCGAGGUGACGACCCCAGCAACCAACAACUUGUCGCGUAUGUCGUCUUCUCAAGGACCAGCCAAGUUCUCGACAAGCAUAACUAUUUGCUUCAGCUCAACCAGGAGCUCCCGAUACCACUGUACAUGCGGCCAGUAGUGAUCAUUCCCUUGGAUGUACUCCCAGUGACAGAAAGGGGUAAGCUUGACAGCCGCAAGUUGGCAGCUCUGCCUUUGCCGGAAGUUUCUCUUGAUGGGGAGGUCAGCGGCCAGCUCACCGAGCAUGAGGCGUGCCUGCGAGAUAUUUGGAGGAGUGUGCUGGGUAAGAUCUCCUCGUCAACGCCCAUCUGUCGCAGCUCCGAGUUCUUCGCUAUUGGUGGUAGCUCGUUGCUUCUGCUACCUCUCAAGUCUGAGAUUCGUCGAGCAUUCGCAGUGGAUCUGUCCCUUCCUGAGCUCUUCCAAGCCAGCACCCUCGAGCUGCAAGCCGCGCGGCUCGCAGGCAACUCGAAUCUUAUCCACAUCGACUGGAAGAAGGAGACAGAGCUGGAUGAUACAAUGUUCGCAUCACCACGCUCCGUGAAUCGGCAUGCAACCCCGGCGCGUAGUACAAAGAGUAUUGCCGUUCUCCUGACAGGCGCGACAGGCUUCUUGGGGACUGCCGUUUUGCGGCAGCUAGUCCACCUUCCCCAAGUCGCCCGCGUCCAUUGCGCUGCAACCCGUUCCAAUGCUCAAGGUGGAGCCCGACGACCGUCGGGGGUAGAGUCGCCGAAGGUCGUAUAUCACUCUGGAGACCUCGCGCUCCCGAAUCUAGGCAUGAACCAAGCGGAACUCGAUGAUCUCUUCACCAACGUCGACGUCAUCAUCCACAACGGAGCCGAGGUGUCGCACAUGAAGAACUACCGCAGCUUACGAGCAGCCAACGUCGGCUCCACAGUCGAGCUGGCCCGUCUGGCUGUACGGCAUGGCCACAUCCCCAUCCACUACAUCUCUACUGGCGGUGUUGCGCGUCUCAGCGGAGCUUUGUCGCAGCCCGAGUCGUCCUUGGCGGCGUUCUGGCCCCCGACCGACGGCUCGGACGGCUACGUGGCGUCCAAGUGGGCGAGCGAAGUGAUCCUCGAGAACGUCCACAAGCGCUUCCAAGGGCAAAUCUGGAUCCAUCGGCCUAGCAGCAUCACCGCUGACGAUGUUCUGGCGCUAGAUAUUGUGCACAGCGUGCUGAGGUACUCUAGAUUGAUGAAGGCCGUGCCUGACCUGACGGGCUCCACGGGGGCGUUUGAUUUCAUUCACGUCGACACUGUAUCGAAGGCGAUUGCGAGCUGUGUGAUAUCAAGCACACUUAGCGAGCAGAGAGAUUCUGGCAGUGGCUUAGUCUACGUACACCAAAGCGGUGAGAAGGUUAUUCCGGUGAACCAACUCAGGGAAUACUUGGAAGGUUCAGCGGUUGGGUCGUUCGAAAUCUGGGCACCACAAGAAUGGGUUUCUGGUGCAGUGGAAAAGGGUUUGGACAAGGUAGUGGCUUCGUUCAUAUUAGCCUCCAAAGGUGUGAUUCGGGCACCAUUACUACAGAACGGUCGCCGAACAUGUACGGUUGCGUAG